AUUUUUUUUUCUGCUCUUGCCUGUUGCUACAACACCUUGCACGCACUGCACCGACCGCUGGCCGUAAUUAAAAAGAAAAACAAACUCGACAAAGAACACAAAAGGCUCUUUAAAAUUUUAAUCAAACAAUAAAAUUAACACUGUUUAUUUUUUUGCGCAAGCAAAAAAUAUCCCAUAUUUUGCUUUUCAACUGCGCAUUCAACAAACACGUUUCUCCUUAACUAUGUUUUACAAUCUUCUCACGCGCACCCUGAUCCCAGCGGCCUUGGGCAAUGGGACUAGGUUGAAUGCAGUACGCGCGAUGUCCUCGUCGCCCUCAAUUGACACUGUCCUGGCAACGGAAAGUUCCUUCAAAGGAUUGGUGAUUUUGAACCGUCCCCAAGCAUUGAACGCAAUCAACUUGGAAAUGGUCCGAAAGAUCUAUAAACAUCUAAAAAAAUGCGAGAAGUCAAAGCUGUUGGUGAUCAUCAAGGGAACCGGUGAUAAGAGCUUUUGCGCUGGGGGUGAUGUACGUGCCAUAGUCGAAGCUGGGCCAACUGAAGAAUCCAAGAGCUUCUUUAGGGAAGAGUAUACUCUGAACCAUUUGAUUGGGAACUACAAGAUCCCCUAUAUUGCGUUUAUGGAUGGCAUAACAAUGGGCGGUGGUGUUGGUCUCUCAGUCCAUGGACGAUACCGUGUCGCCACCGAACGCACCUUGUUUGCCAUGCCCGAAACAGCCAUUGGCCUGUUUCCCGAUGUCGGAGGAUCACACUUCCUGCCCCGUUUGAAUGGCAAACUUGGUAUGUACCUUGGUUUGACUGGUUUUCGGUUGAAGGGAGAGGACGUCGCAAAUGCUGGAAUUGCAACCCACUACUGCCCCAGUGACAAAUUAAAACAUCUUGAAAACGCUCUUCUUAACUGCAACGAUCCCGAUGAUAUCCCAGAUAUUAUGAAUAGUCUAACAGCUAAGCCAGAAAAGAAGUUUGUUCUUGGUCCACAUUUAGAAACAAUCAACAAGUGUUUCUCUGCUGAUUCUGUGGAGGAUAUCUUCAGGAAUCUCGCUAAAGAUGGCAGCGAAUGGUCUUUGAAUACCCUCGAUAUAUUAAAAAAAAUGUCGCCUCUAGCUUUGAAAGUAACUCAUCGUCAAUUAAAGCAUGGGGCAAAUCUAUCUCUCACUCAGUGCCUUAUCAUGGAAUACCGUAUGGUGGUGCGUCAUUUGGAAGACAGCGACUUCAAGGAAGGAGUUCGCGCUCUACUCAUCGACAAGGACCAAAAACCAAAAUGGAAUCCUAGUACCAUUGAAGCUGUUACCCCGGAGCGUGUGGCGAAGUUCUUUGCCAAAUUACCCGACACGGAAGAACUGAAAUUACCAUCAACUUAAUAAUAAUAGGAGAGUUGAAUUAGCAGCCAAUAUGAACUACGACAAUAAUUUUAUUCUCUUUCAUCCCCAAAGGGCAUUCAUAUUGUACUUUAAUUUUGAACAAAAUAUUGAAUAGUUUUUUUUUCUAGAAUUAAGUGCUAUAAAAUAAGUAUGUAUUUCGGUAGAAAACCGAACUUUUUAAGAAGCGUUUUGUAAUGGAAAUGCGUAAAAUAAUUGAAAUAUAUUUUUUACCUGAAAGUUAAAACUU